CAGCCUGAGAGAUAAGCCGACAGUCGCCAUUUUGAAGCAAUAGAACCAAUUUAAUUUUUCCAUCAAAUAACAUAUAUAGAUUCGUUUACUGGACCACCAGCGAGAGUUUUGUCCAUUUCUUUGUUAUUUAUGUGGAAAUAUUGUAUUUUCGAUGGGAAAUCGUGGAGUAAUCGUCGAGUGAUAUUCAACGCAAAGCGCAGCGCCAUUAUGACUUUGGUAAGGAACUGAAGGUCGAUUUGCCUCCAUUUUGUUUCACGCUUAACGGAGGAAAAAAAGCGGCGUAUGACGCAAAAAUCGUCACGCAGUAUAAAAACCAAGUCCCUCCCCACCGUCUCCAUUCCUGGAUUUGGUCAGAGGUAAGUGAAGUCACUAAGACAGUGGAAUUUCUAAUGUUUAAAUUGUGCGAAUUAACUGCGAAAUUCAAACGAAAUAUUACUCAUUAAAACAACAAAUGGAUUUGGUUUGGACGGAGAACAAGGUAACUACAUCGUUUAAAGUGAAUGUGUUUUAUUGUGUUUUACAGGUAUGAAUCUACUUUGCCGAAGACUGAACCGUCGAGGACUUUGAACAACUCUUCUCAAAUUCAUAUUUUUUCUUCAAGUAAUGGACAUUUUAUGCCUAUUUUUGCCUCCAGUUUGUUCCUGAAGGAAAGGCUAGCAUUUAGCUCUCACAGCCCCACCCAUGAGAAGUCUUGAAGUUGAAAUUAAACCCUGAAGGUUAACGAUAUGAAAUAGAUGAAUAAUAAUCAGUAUAAGUGCCUGAAAAGCACAGUUCAGUAGACCCGAGGCGCUGAGGAUCUGUAGAAACCAUAGUAAGUUGAUUUUAAAGUUGAUUGAAUCGAGAUAAAUCAAAUGGAAACAGUCGAAUGUAGACAAUACGCUAGCUGCUAGCUGGCUAGCUUAGCAUAGCUUUUGGUUUAAAUAUAGAUAACAGUUUAAAUUUAGACAGGGUUAUAGUAUGAGCUCACACAGGAAAGUGGACGGAGACGCGAGGCUCCGUUUCUUCAUGUGUGAGACUAACUGGCCGACCUGUAUAUAAAUAAAAUUAAAUUAUAAAGAUAAUUUUCUUAAAUAACCAUAAGCAAUCUGCUGAUAAAGAUUGCCUCAGGCUUAGACAGGAGCUCAGGGAGUCGGACUUUUUGCCUUCAGAUCCGGUUUUAGGGGCUGCUCCACGGAACCUACACCCACCGCAAUCUGCACAUAAAGAUUGCGUUAGUUUGAGGAGGGAUUGUGGACAUAUUUGAUGAAGCACUAAGUGUGUUGAAAUGUCGAUAAUUAUAGCACAGGGACUCCAUGUUCUCGGCAAUCUGCGGAUAAAGAUUGCAGGAUGAUUCAAUCUGUCGGACUGAAACAUGGCGGAUUGGUGGUGGUUUGUUUCUCGCGCCUGGACGGCUCCGGGGCUCGCGGAGCUGUGUUUUGGAGAUAUUUCAAACUGACCGAAUAGAGCGAUGAAUCCACGGCUUUGUUUGUGUGUGUCCGUGUUGUUCACGGUCGGUGCUGUGGAAGCCAUUGUUGUCGAUGUGGGGAGUGGAAACGGUUAACGGGGGGCGGGCUGUGAGGAGCUGUCAUCCUGCUGCUCCCUCCCCUUCGUCAUUCCUGCAGGCAGCUUUCAGGCCGUUUAUAGGCUGCUCCUCCGCCAUUAUAUAACCGAGGGCGGAUUAUAAGGCUUAUUCAUUCAUUCAUCAUCAAUGUGCCUUUCUGUGGCCUGAACAAAUGACCUUAAUGAACAUUACAGUAAAUAUUAUGUCUUUUAGAGGACUUGUACCUGGACUGUGUUUCUGUUUUAUUGUGCCAGUGACAUUUAUUUGUGUGCAAUAACACACAGUGUUUCCCCACUGAAGCAGGACCAGGUCAUGUCUAACAUUGUUUAUGUGUAACUACUGUGAUGUUUACAGGAGUUGUGUUAUUUGCAGUGUUGAGGAGGUCUGAGACUUUAUAAAACUUCAUUACCCUGGUAAGACUGAUUCUCACAUCAUCACAUUGUCGAUCAGCUGUUCCAGAAACUUCUGAGUGUGUGUCUGUACACCAACAGACCCACAGACACAGAGACUGAUUUAUUACAAAUACAUGAACAUGAAAGUGCAUGCUUCUCCUAGCAGUCAAACUUAUUGAUAUCACAUAAUAGUGUAUCCAUAAAUUAUGUGUAGGAGUUUUAUUAGACUUUAAGUAUCACAGAUAUAGAACUCAUCACAUGUUGCUUUACACUUAAAGAUAAAUAUAGAUACUGAAUGAAACAGUUGAACACCCAGACAAAUGAGUGUUUUCACAGUAACUGUUGUGUUUAUGUGUAAUGUUUGUAUUGUGUAACAGUACACAAUGUGUAAACAAAGAGUGACCUGCAGGGGGCAGUAUGCACCCUGUGCCCCAUGGCUGCAGCAGCUGACUGUCAUGUAGUCUGGCACUCAGAUUCUUUUAUAACAAUCACACAUGUUAUAUUUAUUCUGUACUUUUACACAUUUUACUAUUUACACUUUUACAACCGUAACAGACCUACUUUACAGUUUCCAAGCAUUUCAUUCUCACACAACUUCUUUCUGUCAUAAUCAGUUUAAUUUCAUAUUUUUAUACUUUGUACCAUCCAUCUCUCCACCAAACUCCAUAGGACUGUAAAAGCAGCUAUUUACUGAGAUCUGUCCUGUCUGAGUUUUCAUGUUAAAAAACGGAGAGAAGUGCUGAUUAAAAGAUCAAUCAUCAGUCAUAUGCGGAUCAAUUUCUCAUUAAAUAUCCUGUCUUUGGUUAAUUUCCUGUCUUUGUAUCUGAGAUAUAAACAUGACAGUGAGUUUGUCUGAGUUGAAAAUAAGGAUGAAAAAUCUUGUCAAUGAGACUGUCUGAAGUUUAGAGAUCGUACUUGAAGCAGUCAGUCAGGUCAUGAAAACACCUUCAGUGUCACCUAUGUGACCCUGCUGCUGCCUCUGACUACAGACUUAUCAACAACAGACACAUUGAGGUCCAGUUCCACUGUGAGUCUCAGUGACUGGUCCUGAUUCCUGCUGGCCUGAGUCAGGUUGAAUCAUGAAACUCUCCAGAAGGUCCACCUGGACCUGUGGAUCUGCUCUGGGCUCUGGAGUCUGGCUGUGUUCAUCAAGUUUAUGUGGGGUGUGUUGUUGCUCCUAUGAUAGUACAAUGUUUAGGACAGGUCAGACCGCUCCACAGGCGUGUAUCCAGGUGUGUGUGUCAGGUUCCUGAUCCUCUUCAAACUCAUAGUGAGUGUAUCCUGGUACAGGUGUGUUUGUUUCAAAUGUGUGUACUUCAAUGGUACCUCAUACAGAGUUGACAGUCUGGAUGUUGGUCAGACUGUGAUCCAUCUUGACCUCAGACUGUGUGUCUGUUUGGAGUCCUGAUUGUUUCUAUGGGUUAGUCUGGUCCCUCCCAUCUGCACAGGUGUGUGUUUUGAGGUGUGGGUGAAGUGGAGCUCCUCUCUGAUAGGCCAACAGUCCGCUCAUACACAGCAGAUUACUAAUACUAGCAAAAAUUGUGUUCAGUAAGAACCAUGUCAGAUGUGUUUUAGAUGCACUAAUGACAACAGAUGUGCUGCAGUUUUACUUAGGAUGUGUGGUUGUUCCAUGUAUAUUUAUGAUGUCAGGUGUGUGUUUCAGGAAUGGCGGGGGCACCUGUGGACCCCAGAGAGAUCUUGAAAGGUGUGGAGGCUCUCCUAGGGAAGGAUGGAGAGCUGCGCAGCCUGGAGGGAGUCCCAAAGGUUUUUAGGUGAGGAACCCAGACCUAAUUGUGAUCUGCAAAUUAUUAUACACUUAACCUACAUUUCCCUUUAUGUCAUCACUGUUACAUCUGUGCUCUAUUAAACACCUGUACUCUGUCCUCUGCAGUCUGAUGAAAGCUUCCACUAAGAUGGUCAGUCGGUGUAUGUACCUGAACAUCCUGCUACAGACCAAGUCACAUGACGUCCUCAACAGGUAGGUGACCAUUGUGUCUUUGAAUGUGAACACUGGUGAGGAGUGAAAAAAAACGGAACUUAAAUUUAAGGCAUGUUUUCAAGAGCUGGUACUAUUUUUAUGUUUCAAAUAUUGACUGUUUUAUAAACUGAUGUGAAGUCAGAUUACUUAUUCAAAAGUUCAGACCAGACCUAAGAGAGACCCAAGCAGGUCUACUCCCAUCAUGACAGCUCUGACUGGAGGAUCUCUCUGUAAGGGCAAAAUUAUCAUUUUUAUAACAGCAUCCAAACUUUGUUGCAAGUCAGCAGCGGAAGAGGCUUCAAGAAAGCUGUGUUCUUGAAUGCUGGGUCCAGGAGGACUUAAAUAGACAGUAGCUGUGAUGAGGGUUUUCAAAUACUCAAAGAGUUUUUGUGUGUAAAUCAGGUAAAGAAAAAGCAGGUAAAUCAGAUCUUUCAAAAUCAGAGGAAGACUACAUGACUCUUACAUGAACAAUCAUUCUCUGUAAUAUUAUUGUAUAAGUAUGUAGUGUAUACAAAAAGAGAGGUACUCCAAUAUCUGACACAGAGGGUAGGGAGUUGACUGUGUCUGCUCAAUAACUCGUUUACCUCUGCAGUUAAUGAUCCACUGUGUCUGCAUGAAUAAUAUGAACUGAAAUCUCACCUGUGUGCAGGUUCAUCAGGGUAGGGGGCUACAGGCUGCUGAACUCAUGGCUCACCUACUCAAAGACCACCAACAACACCCCCCUGCUGCAGCUCAUCCUGCUUACUCUGCAGAAACUGCCCCUGAAGGUGGACCACCUCAAACAGGUACAGUCAGCCGACCUCUCCACCCUCCUCAUCACUCCCUGGACUCUUUGUGCAGAAACAUGUCUGAAUAUGUUCAGUAACACAUGAUGCAUUUUGUCAUUUCAGAACAACACAGCUAAACUGGUGAAGCAGCUGAGUAAGAGCGCCGACACUGAAGGUUAAUGUCACUAAAAAAUCUUCCUCAUCAUUAUUAGUAUAAGCCUGUCAUGUAAAAACACACAUGUUUAUCCCCCCACACCUGAGUUUUCAUUUGUGUUUUUUUUUUUUCAGAUUUGAGGAAGUUGGCAUCAGUACUCGUGGAUGGCUGGAUGGCUACAAUUCGCUCCCAGAGCGUGUCGAGCGGCAGCAGCAGCUCCCCUGCUGGUAAAUACACAGAACUGCACCUUUAAAACAGCUGAUUUACAGGCCUGUAUGUUCGUGUAACAUGGAUGUGUGUUUGCAGAUAAGAAGAAAAAGAGAGAGGAGAGUAAAGCUGUUGUGAGGGAUGUGAAAGAGAAGAGCUCAGAGGAGGAGAAGAAGAAGGAGAAACCCAAAGCUCACGCGCCCAGUCACGCCAAGAUCCGCUCCAUUGGUAAUCAUGACAACAAGCCCUUUCAUGGCUGCCUGUGUAAUAAGAUAAGACAAAAUUAUAGAGUUCUCUGUUGAAUCUAACCUGUUUGUUUAUCUGUGUCUAUAGGACUGGAGAUGGACACCCCAAGCCCUGCACCCCCAAAGAAGACCCCCACCCCCCCUCAGCUAGGAGACAAAUACAACAUCAAACCCCCUGUGCUGAAGAGGCCCAGGUACACACACACUGAUAAACACACAUACGGGCAAACUCCCCUGCCCUCUCAGUCCUGUGUGUAACGUUAUAAAAUAUGCUGCCCCCUGCUGUCUUUGCUGCUCUCUGCUGUCUGUACUGCCCCCUGCUGUCUGCUAAUGCCUCUGUUGUGUUCCUCAGCUCGGGCCCUUCAGACAUGCCUCCUCUGGAGAAGAAGUACAAACCUUUGAACACACCGUCGAAUUCUGCCAAGGAGAUCAAAGUGAAGAUCAUCCCUGCCCAGCGUGAGUCUCAUUCAGACAUUGAAACUUUGUUUAAAUCAGUCAGCCACCAUGCUAACAAACCCCUCUCCCCUCAGCCAUGGAGUGCACUGGCUUCCUAGAUGCUCUCAACUCUGCCCCUGUACCUGGGAUCAAGAUCAAGAAAAAGAAACCCGGACCGGGUGCUGCAACAGGGACCAAGGCGGUUUCCCCAACCACCAACAAGGUGCUGAAAGACACACAUACGCAUAAACAGACACAAACACACACACAAGACAACCGAUCUGUCUGAUGCUGACAGUCUCCCUGUUACCUGUGUCCUCAGGCGAGUCCCUUCGACAGUAAGCCCUCCUCCUAUUCUUCCUCUACUGCUGCUAAACCGUCCUCUCCAGAGAACGCCUCCGCCAACCCCUCUGAAGACAACCAGGAUGUGGAGCAGCCUGGGACCCCCGUCCCCUCAGAGGACCCAGAGACAUCUGAAAAUGGUGAGACCCUCACCUGUCACCUUUCCCUUUCAGAGAGAAAGAAAAGAAUAGAUAAGUACAUGACUGAAUAUAUUAGAGUGGAUUUACCUUAAAGACAGUAAAUAAAGACAAAAUACAUUUUCUAACUUUCAGACUGAAAGGCUGAAGUCCCAGAUUAUCCACACCUUCCUCUCUAAUCUCACAGAAACAUAGUACUCAUUUUUUCAUAGUUUUUAAACAUCUCUGACCUGCUGACUUGGUGGUUACUGUCUGAUUUUGACUUAAUACAUUAUUUGGAUGACGUCAUUCAUUAUCAAUGAUUCAUGAUGUCACCAUUGUCCGUAUCAGGUAUUUUAUCAUAAUCUACCUGAGAUCCACACUCCUAAUCUCAGUAUUCUGACUCACCUAUUCCCUGCUACCUGUGUUUCCAGGUGAGAAGCCAAAUGCUCUGUCGGAGCCUCGGGGGGAGGAGGAGAACCUGACAAAGAAGGGGAAGAAGAAGAAGACGGUCCACUGGGCAGAGGAGGAGCAGCUCAAACAUUACUUCUUCUUUGACCUGGACGAGACAGAGAGAGGUGAGAGGCGUUCACCAACCACCUCAGCGCUCUCAGGAUGAUGGCAUGAACUCAAUUUAUGAAUGAGUUAUUAAUCCUAUUGACCUGCUUUCUCUACAGUGAAUGUGAACAAGAUUAAGGACUUUGGAGAGGCAGCAAAGAGGGAGCUGAUGAUGGACCGGCAGACGUUUGAGAUGGCUCGUCGUCUCUCCCACGACACCAUGGAGGAGAGGGUCCCCUGGAGCCCCCCGAGGCCCCUCACCCUGACCGGCAGCCUGGUAACGCCGGGGGCCAACAGCACCGAGAAACUGACACAGAGAGACCGAGAGAUGGGCAUCCUGCAGGAGAUUUUCCUCAACAAGGAGAGGUAGGGCUGCUUUCAUAUUAUUGUUUUUAUUAAUGUCAUUAACUGUAUUUUUAUUACAUAGCAAAUAUAGCCCCCAUUCAAACUUUCAUAAACCUGUGUUUAAUGGUGUAUGAUGAGAAACCUCAGUCCAUGAGUUGAUGAUAUCCCUUCCUGUCUCUCAGUGUUCCUGACAGUCCUCAUGAGCCUGAUCCAGAACCAUAUGAGCCCAUGCCUCCUCGUUUGAUCCCCCUGGACGAGGUGAGUCCACAUACACAGUACCUCUGUAAUCCCCCCCCCCUCCCUGCAGGUGUGUGUGUGUGGGCAAAAGUGUUCUGACCUAUGUGUUUGUCUCAGGACUCAUCCAUGAUGGAUGAUGGCUACGCGGAGCCCAUGGAUGCCUCCUCUCAGGCGGGUGGGGCUAACUUGAUGCAGACUGAGAGCUCCAAGCUUCCACCUGUCCUCGCCAAUCUCAUGAACCUGAACAACAACAGGAGCCCCCAGACCAACCCCCCAAACAACCCCCCCACGGCGCCCACUGUCAACGUGCAGGAGCUCCUCACCUCCAUCAUGGUACAACAACACUAUUAUUACCGCUGUUAUUAUUAGUAUUAUUAUUGUUAUUAUUAUUGGUAGUGACAUAAUGAAACAAUGACAAUAACAAAUUUUAACCAUAUAAAACUGAAACAUUAUUAAUAUUUUGGUCAAAGUGUUGAUCACAGUAUGCUGUCAGCUUUUUGUUUAUUGAUCAGAUCAUUGUCUCUGCAUAGACCUGUAUUUGUGUGUGUGUGUGUGUGUUUGUAAUAAUGAAUGUGUUUAUGGUAGAUUGCUUGUAAUAACGUGCUUUUCACCUGUAGGGGGCAUCAGGGGGACAAUCCACAGAGGAUCUGAUCAAACAGCCUGACUUCUCAGACAAGAUCAAACAGCUGCUGGGCUCCCUGCAGCAGAGCCAAAACCAGAACCAGAACCAGGCUGGACCCCCUCCAGGUACACACUCACAACAGAGAUCUUUAGACCGACAUUAGAAACCUAAUUUACACAACAAGAGCUUUUCGUUUGUUUGUUUGUUUUUGUCUGUUUGUCUGUUGUUCAAGUUCAGCUCCAGCCAUAGAAACAUAGAAACUCAUAGAAAACAGAAGCUGCACUCUGAUUGUGACGUCACAGUGAUGUCAUGAAAAUGUUAUAACCUUUCCUCUGUGUGGGUCUCUCUCUGCAGUAAAUCCCGGCCUGCUGGGUCAUGGUCCUGGUAUGAACAACAUGAACAACAUGAACAUGCACAUGCAGAUGCCCAUGAACGGAGGAUAUCCCCCCAAUAACCCACCAGGGGGACCCCGCUUCAACCAUCCCCCACCCCCCCAUGGCCAUGGACCACCCUUCAACGCCGGCGGCCCCCGAAUGAUGGGGCCCCCGCCAGGCCAGGGGCGCGGGGACAACGGGAACUACUGGGGAGACGAGUCAAUGAGGGGUGGACCGCACAGGGGAGGACACUUCCACAGAGGGGGACGGGGACGAGGGGGAGAGCCAGGCUUCAGGGGCCGGGGCCGAGGAGGACCCCGAGGAGGACACAACAACAUGAACGGUAUGUUGAAAUGAUAGUAGUGGCGUAUUCGCAAACCAGAAAGUCUGAUACCGCAAAGAGCUUUUAAGACAGUUAAACAGCCAGUUUAGAGGAAAUGAACGGACAAACAUUCAUAAAAAAAGACACUGAAAGACUUUUACUUACUCUGUGUGACCCCCCCACGUCUCUCUCUCUCUCUCUCUCUCUUUCUAUCUCUGUCUCUCUGUGCAGACAUGUCUCAGAGGCCAGUAUGUCGUCACUUCAUGAUGAAGGGCAGCUGCAGGUACGAGAGCAAAUGUGCUUUUUAUCACCCUGGAGUCAACGGACCGCCGCUACCCCCCAACCACCCCCAGCAUUGACACUAGGGGGUGCUGCAGCUUGGCACUCUGAGGACUGUGAUGCCAUGGUGAUGUCAAUGUGACGUCACCUGCAAGGAGAUGAUCAGUUUUUUUUUUGUUUUUUUUUACAUUGAUCAUUUUUAACAGUGCAGCACACCCGAUCAUCGUAUUUGUUUCUUCAUCAGUCACACCUGAACCUCCCCAUCACACACACGAAGCACUUUAUACAGAGCACAUACUGAACACACCCGACAGGUGAGAGCCAGUAAGAAUUCAGCCAACUGAUGAAGAUGAAGGUUACCUGUCUGUUUUUAAUGAAGAGCAGCUGAUUGUGUGUGUGUGUGUGUGUGCUUGUGUGCUUGUGUAUGACAGACUGUGUAGCAGGAGUGGGCGUGGCCUCGGUGACUUCCCCGUUAAAGGUUUUGAUGUUAAUCACCUCCAGUUUGCCACCAGUGAUGCUGCUGUGUUUCAUACAGUAACCUGAGCAGGUAGAAACACUGUCAAGUCUCACCUGUCUGACCCUUUCCUGUUUCUCUGCCAUGUGUGGACUAAAUGAACAUCAUGCUGUUUUAAUCAAGACUUUUGACAAGAGGCUGAGACCAUAAACUGAUCAUGGAAAUGUUGCUGAAGGAAUGAAUUAGCCGAGGAGGAGGUACAUUUCCUUAUGGACUAGGGUACAAUCAGACGCCCCCUGCUGGACAGUAGAGAAGGUGCAGGUUUUAACAGCCUUCCAAACAUAGACGCUAUAGUAACCUGCUUUACACGGCCUAUGAUAACAGCUGUGUGUGUGUGUGUGUGUGUGUGUGUGUGUGUGAGAGAGUGUGCAUGCACUAUGAUCAGCUGUGUUUCCUGACAAUCAUGCUCAGGUGUGGCUGACCUCGGACCUGCAGGUGUGUGUGUGCGUAAAGUGUGUGCUCAGUGAUGGAGGUGAGCUGCUCUGAGGUCAGUUUGUUUUCUGUGAAAACUUUUGAGCGUCGUCUCGUUGGGACUGUAAUGAACUUUCUGUUCGUCCUUCAUGUUUUUCUAUACUGGAACAUUCUGGAGCGCCUGCCCUUUAAGACGUUCAGUUCACUGUAUGACAUGUUUGUAAAAUACAGAAACUCAUUUAUAAAUAUUUUCGUUGUUUUCUACAGUGUCAUCAAUAAAUGUCAAAUAUAACAGCU